UUUCCGGUCCCUGCCGAUCCUACCAUGACGUCGUGAGUCAACGGCGCCGAAGCAGAACUUGAUUCUCCACACAACCUUUCUUUAUUUAAAUAAAAAGAUCGCCUCUGUCUCACCUGCACGACAUUUCCAAUGACCGCUCGACAUGGCCUACUUUGAAGAUGGCCGAUCCCACCCCAAAUUCCGAUUUACACCAACCACCAUCGGGUUUGCUACAACAAUCAGAAGGCAAUUCGUCCCAUGUUCACUCUAGUCCCACCCUAGACGAGAAGGGCGUCACUACUACAGAUGACAACGACGACGACGACGACGACGACGACGACGACGAUGAUGAUGACGACCCCACCGGAACGUCAGACACAGACGCCGACUAUGACGGCCACCGCCCAACGCCACUGGACAUGCGCCUCUCGCGUACGCGCACCGCCAAUACCGUGCGCUCGGCCAGCACGGUAACCACCGUCACCAGCCGGGACGCCGCCAGCACCACCGGCGGCCGGGGAGGAGUCGGAGCAGACCAAGGGACCACCACCCACCCCGGCACCACCACAGCAGGCGGCACCCCCAACACCACCCUCGCGCGGCGCACCACGACGCUCCUCUCACGCAUCCGCUCCCGACCGCAGGGGGCCACCACGACCUUCACGCACCCGCUCUCGCACAUCCCCACGGCGGCCGACCAGCUCGUCGACUUCGACGGCCCCGCGGACCCCUACCGCCCCGCCAACUGGCCUUUAGCCAAAAAGGUGUGCACGACGCUGCUGUACGGCCUGGUGACCAUGAGCGCGACGUGGGCGUCGUCGUGCUACAGCGCCGGCACCGCGCAGGUGGCGGCGGAGUUUGCCGUGUCGAGCCAGGUGGCUGUCUUGGGGACGUCGUUGUUUCUGGUCGGGUUUGGGGUGGGACCGCUGCUGUGGGCGCCGUUGAGUGAGGUGUAUGGACGGCGGUUGGCCGUGUUUGUGCCGAUGUUUGUGGCGGCGUGUUUUAGCUUUGGGAGUGCGGCGAGCAAGGACUUUCAGACGUUGAUGCUGACGCGGUUUUGGGGGGCCUUCUUUGCGAGCGCGCCCGUGACGAAUACUGGGGGGGUGUUGGGCGAUUUGUAUGGCCCCGAGGCGAGGGGCGUGGCGAUGGCGGGAUAUGCCAUGGCUGUUGUGGCCGGGCCAGCGUUAGGACCGAUCGUUUCGACUGCGCUGGUUGUGCAGCCCGGACUGGGCUGGCGCUGGACCGAGCACCUCGCCGGUAUCCUUCAGGGGGGGAUCCUGUUGCUGGCCGUCAUCUUCAUCGACGAAACGUAUCCGCCGAAACUGCUCGUGUACAAGGCCCGCCGGCUGCGCAUCGAGAGCGGCAACUGGGCGCUCCAUGCCAAGUUUGAGGAGUGGGACGUCAGCGUCGCCGAGCUGGCCCGCAAGUUCCUGGUGCGUCCCAUCCAGCUGCUCUGCACCCCCAUCUGCUUUCUCGUCGCCUUGUACGCGAGCUUUUGCUAUGGUAUCCUGUACAUGCAGCUCGGCUCCAUCCCCAUCAUCUUUGGCGAGGUCCGGGGCUGGUCGCAACUGCUCUCGGCUCUGCCGUUCCUCUGUAUCUUCAUCGGCGCCAUCCUCGGCUGCGGCGCCAACGUUUACAACCAAGUGCUCUACAACAAAGCGUACCGCGCCGCCGGGAACAGGGCGGUCCCGGAGCGGCGGCUGCCCCCUAUGAUGCUUGGGUCGGUGCUGUUCGCCGGCGGACAGUUCAUUACUGGCUGGACAGCGGGUCCCAGCAUCCACUGGAUUGUGCCCUGUUUCGGGUUGGUGAUGCUCGGGACGGGAUUCUUCACCAUCUUCCAGGCCGCCCUGAAUUAUCUCGUCGACACUUUCACCGAGUAUGCCGCCUCAGCCGUGGCUGCCAAUACGUUCCUGCGUUCUUGCUUUGCGUGUGCCUUCCCGCUGGUCGUUGGACCCAUGUUCCACAACCUUGGUGUCGGUCCUGGGUCGUCGAUCCCCGCUGGGUUUUCUGUGUUGUUGAUACCCGUUCCGUUUGUAUUUUUUGCCUAUGGAAAACGGGUCCGGGCCGGGUCCAAGUGGUCACGGGCGUCCGUUCAUGAUGGAGCCAAGGGGAAAAGGAACACGUAGCGAUAGAGAUACCCAUAGAGUAUAGACUAGUUUAGAAUAGUCAAUACCGUGCAUAUCAGUACUAUCCUCGUCUGACAGGGUGCAUAGAGCACGGUGUCUGGAAGUGUUGCUGGCCACUAGGAUAUCGUGCGGUUUUAUUUCGAGAGUAUGG